AUGAGAGCCGCGGCAGCCCUUGCAUUCUUCCGUAGACAAUUGCACCAGCGCAGCAGCGGCAUCGGGCCACACCUACCGAACCAGCCCCGCCGCUACGCGAGUCGGCACUCGGAUCACCUCGCCCGAGCUCGCGCGCUCGUUACUUUCUCGGCACCAUACCACCCGCCGGCCGCGGCCGUGGCGUCGUCUCUACUGUUCUCCAGCCUCGCGGGAGGGGAGGAGGCGGGCGGAGAGGUGGUGCUAGACCCGGAGGCCGGCACGGUGCGGUGCGCGGCCAACCACGCGCCGCUGACGCCGAUCAGCUUCGUCGAGCGCGCCGCGGCCGUGUACGGUGGCCGCCCCGCGGUGGUGUACGGGGAGCGGCGGCGCACGUGGAGCGAGGUGCGGGACCGGUGCGUCCGCGUCGCGGCCGCGCUCGUCACCCACUUCGGCGUGGCGCGCGGCGAUGUGGUUGCUGUCCUCAGCCCCAACGUGCCGGCGAUGUACGAGCUGCACUUCGCCGUGCCCAUGGCCGGCGCGGUCCUCUGCACGCUCAACACCAGACAUGACGCAGUCAUGGUGUCCGUUCUACUGAAGCACUCCGGCGCCAAGGUGUUCUUCGUCGAGUCUCACCUCCUCGACGUUGGGAGAACCGCGCUGAAGAUCCUCGACGAGUCUAGCGCCGCCACCCUUCCGGUUCUUCUAACCAUUACAGACGACGACGGCGAACCCGGCGCCGCCGCCUCGGGCCGCACGUGUACCGACUACGAGGACCUGAUAGAAAACGCCCCUUCACAGUUCGACAUCCGGUGGCCGGUCAACGAGCUGGACCCGAUCUCUCUGAACUACACGUCCGGCACGACGUCGCGGCCCAAGGGCGUGGUGUACAGCCACCGCGGCGCGUACCUCAACACCGUCGCCACGGUGCUCAUCUACGACGUCGGCACCGCGCCCACGUACCUGUGGACCGUGCCCAUGUUCCACGGCAACGGCUGGAACCUGACGUGGGGGCUCGCCAUGCAAGGAGGCACCAACGUCUGCCUCCGCCGCUUCGCGGCCAAGGACAUCUUCGACAGCAUCGCGCGGUGGAAGGUGACGCACAUGGGCGGCGCGCCCACGGUGCUCAGCAUGAUCGUGAACGCGCCGGCCGCGGACCGGAAGCCUCUGCCGGGGACGGUGCGCGUCAUCACGGGCGCCGCGCCGCCGCUGCCCCACGUCCUGGUGGAGAUGGAGAGGCUCGGCUUCGUCCUGUACCACGUCUACGGCCUGACGGAGACGUGCGGGAUGGCGACCGUGUGUGCGUGGACGCCGGAGUGGGACGCGCUCCGCGCCGAGGAGCGCGCGCGGCUCAAGGCGCGCCAGGGGUGCCACCACUUCGCGGUGCAGGACGCGGACGUCAAGGACCCGGACACGAUGGAGAGCGUGCCGCGCGACGGCCGGACGCUGGGCGAGGUGAUGUUCCGAGGCAACACGAUGAUGAGCGGGUACUACAGGGACCUCGACGCGACCAAGGAAACCAUGGCCGGCGGGUGGCUGCACACGGGGGACCUCGCCGUGCGGCAUCCCGACGGGAGCAUCCAGGUCAAGGACCGGGCCAAGGACAUCAUCAUUUCCGGCGGCGAGAACGUCAGCUCGAUCGAGGUGGAGACGCUGCUGUCCAGUCACCCGGCCGUUCUCGAGGCGGCCGUCGUGGCGAGGCCAGACGACCACUGGGGCGAGACGCCAUGCGCGUUUGUCAAGCUGAAGGACGGCGCCAGCGCCACGGAAGCCGAGAUCAUAAGCUUCUGCCGGGAGAGGCUGCCCCGUUACAUGGCGCCCAGGACGGUGGUGUUUGAGGAUUUGCCCAAGACACCGACGGGGAAGACGCAGAAGUUUGUCCUCCGCGAGAAAGCCCGGGCUAUGGGCAGCCUGACAAAGACUGACAGUGGCAAAGUCUUCCUGGAGCGCGCCGCGGUCGUGUACGGCGACCGCACGGCCGUCGUCUGCUGCGACCGGCGGUUCUCGUGGCGCGAGACGCGGGAGCGGUGCCUCGCCGGGGCGUCCGCGCUCGCGCAUCUCGGCGUCGGGCGCAGAGACGUGGUCGCGGUCAUCGCCUCGAACGUUCCGGCGAUGUACGAGCUCCAUUUCAGUGUGCCCAUGACCGGCGGCGUCCUGUGCACGCUCAACACUCGCCACGACGCAGCCAUGGUGUCCGUCCUGCUGAAACACUCGGAAGCCAAGAUCUUCCUCGUGGAGUCGCAGUUCCACGCCGUGGCCCGCGACGCACUCAGGCUCCUUGCCGACGCCAAACACAAGCUUCCUCUCGUCAUCACGAUCUCUGACGCCGCCAGCAGCAGCAACAACGACGGCAGCGUCAUGGAGUACGAAGCGCUUCUGCCGAGCGCGCCGCGCGGGUUCGACAUCCGGUGGCCUGCCGACGAGCGCGACCCAAUAUCGCUCAACUACACGUCGGGGACCACGUCGAGGCCCAAGGGCGUCAUCUACAGCCACCGCGGCGCGUUACUGAACUCGCUGGCCACGGUGCUGGUCAACGACAUGGCGACCAUGCCCGUCUACCUCUGGACCGUGCCCAUGUUCCACUGCAACGGGUGGUGCAUGGUGUGGGCCACCGCGGCGCAGGGCGGCACGAGCGUCUGCAUCGGGAGCGUGAUCCCCAGGGUGAUCUUCGACCACAUCGUGCGCCACGGCGCGCCCACGGUGCUCAACAUGAUCGUGAACGCGCCGUCGGCGGAGCGGAAGCCGCUGCCGAGGAGGGUGCGCAUCUCGACGGGCGGCGCGCCGCCGCCUCCACAGGUGCUGGCCAAGAUUGACGAGCUCGGCUUCGACGUCGUGCACGGGUACGGCCUCACGGAGACGUACGGGCCGGCAACUGUGUGCGUGUGGAAGCCCGAGUGGAACGCGCUGCCGCCCGCGGAGCGCGCCCGGAUCAGGGCGCUGCAGGGCAUCGCCCACACCAUGCUCCAGGAGGUCGCCAUCAAGGACCCGGUGACCAUGGAGACCUUGGCCUCCGACGGGCGCGCCGUCGGCGAGGUCAUGCUCCGCGGGAACACCGUCAUGAGCGGGUACUACAAGGACGCGGCCGCCACGGAGGAGGCCAUGCACGGCGGGUGGCUGCGCACGGGGGACCUCGGCGUGCGCCACCCGGACGGGUACAUCCAGCUCAAGGACCGGUCCAAGGACAUCAUCAUCUCGGGCGGCGAGAACAUCAGCUCCAUCGAGGUGGAGUCGGUGCUGUUCGGGCACCCCGCGGUGCUCGACGCCGCGGUGGUCGCGCGGCCCGACGACCACUGGGGCGAGACGCCGUGCGCCUUCGUCACGCUCAAGGACGGGGCGGCGGCUACCGCUGAUGACAUCAUCGGCUUCUGCCGGGCACGGCUGCCGCACUACAUGGCGCCCAGGACGGUGGUGUUCAGCGACCUCCCCAAGACUUCCACCGGCAAGACGCAGAAGUAUCUGCUCCGGGAGAAGGCCAGGGCCAUGGGAAGCCUGCGCAAGCCAGAUCGAAGCAGGCUCUAG